AUGAAAAACGCAAGUGGAAAUAUACGCUCUCUUACGUGCAACGAGAAUGUAGAAGAAAAAAAAAAAAAAUGGCUAAGCACAAUUAAGGGAGACGACGCGAUCCACUUCAAAAAAGGGGUACACAGCAAAAACUUGAAAAAUGGAGCUCUGUCAUUUUUUAAAGAAAAAAAUAUCUACAAUGAGGAAAAUGUAGUCAUCUUAAAUGCCUUCUGUAAGGAAAAACUAGACGACCAUCUCGUAAAUGAAGAAAUUGUUGAAUUUCUACAAAAAUCGUUUUUCCUGUAUGAAUAUUUUCUUAAAGAGAAAAAAAUCAACAAAAUUAGUAAAAAGGAAUUCAUUGAAAAUGUAUGCAACUGCUGCAGAAGAAUAUUUUUAAAAAAUAUUAUAAAACAUGAAAAAGAAAUUUUAGAUUUUUUGCUAAAGAAUUUAAUCAACUUUAUUAACGAACGUUCCUUCUUUGGCAUAUAUCAGUCGCUAUACAACAUAUCGCAGUAUCAAAAUAAAAACUUUAGAAGCGCGAGUGAAUAUGCAGACGAAAAGUUUCAGUUUCUCCUUAACGUUGUCCCGAGGGAAGUAAACGGGGGGAUUUUACUCGUUAAUGAUAACAGGUUCAAUUUGGAUGCACUUUCUCUGCCAGAUGAGAAUGACGAGAAGGAGUUGAGGGAGUACUUUGCCGGCAUUGCGACCGGUGCACAUCGAGGGAGCGGGGCGGCCACGAAAGGAAGCGGCAGGGAGAGAGAUGCUGUCACGAAGGGAAGCGGCAAGGAGGGAGAGGCAAUCACGAAAAGAAGCGCCAAGGGGGAAGAGGAGGUGACGAAGAAAGGAGGAAAGGACAGAAAAAAGGGCGCGAUAUUAAAAAGCAUACACGGCCGUGAUGGUGAUGGCCAGGCGAAAGAGACGUUGCCACCAGGAACAACCGAGGAAAUGGAGUGCCUAGACGAAGAACUGAGUUGCUUCUACCUGUUUGUGUAUUUCCGAUCGUGCUUCGAAAACAUCAAUUUUUAUUUAAUGGAAAAAUUUAUCGAAAAUUACUACAUUAGCCAAGGCAAAGAGAACAUCUACAAGGAGCUAUUUCUGUUUCUGUUCUUAAUUUACAAAGAUAAGAUGCACAGCGUCGUGGAUGGCAUUUUGGUGAACACGAUAAAUUAUUUGAGCAAGGAAAAUGAUACAGAAGUGAGAAAAAAAAAAAAACUAUUAAAUGAGGAGGUGGUGGUGGUGGACGAAAAAGUGCACAUUACAGAUUCGCUGUUUUACUUCGAAUUGCUUAUAAAUAUUAUCACUUUCAGAAAUCUGCAGUAUGAAAAUAAUUACGAAUACUACAUACACAUUCUGAAGUUACUUUACGAGAAUGACCAGUUGCAGGAAUUAUUCACAUCGUCGCUGUUUUUCGUUUUUAUUAGUGCCGAAGACAGCGCUGUCAGAAAUAUGCUGCUGACGAAUUUUUCAAAAUACCAUUCGAGAAAGCAUCAACUUUUAUCAAAAUUUUUUAUUCACUUGAAGAAUGUGUUUCGUUUCAUAUACGAUAUGGAUAGUGACCACUUAGUUUACAAUCACGCUACAUUUAACGCUGCAGCUAUGGCCCCUUUUUUGCACCACCCAGAGAAUGGGGAAAAAAACCAAGGGGAUCACAGCACUGGCGAGAAAAUGAAACAGGAGUACCUCUCCUUUGUGGCAGAUAAUAUACACAUAGACAAAUAUACAUGUGAAUUCUUUAAAGAAGCUUACUACAUCAUUAGCAGGAGCAACACGGACUACUUCUGCCAAGUGACAAAUUUGUAUUUACACAUUUAUGACCACAUCUUCAACAAGAUAAUAAACAUCAUUUACCAAAAUGACAUGAAUUUGAAUGACGAAUUUUUUCAGAUCUGCAAAAGUAUUCUCAGACCCUUUUUAUUUAUUUACUUUGAAUUAUUUGAGAAUUUUUUGGAGAAAUUUAAAGAGAGAAUAUACAACGAACGGUUGAUGCUCUCCUUUUCUUUUAUUAAAAAGUAUCUUUUUAAAAGUCUCUAUGAGAAGGCCUUCCAGCAGAAGGAUCUCUUCUACGUCAUUUAUCAAUUUUAUUUUUUGCUUUACGCUCUCAAGUACAAUUUUCGAAACUUUCUAACUGCGCUCGUUAUGACCAAGCGGAAGGUAACACACCAACUGGAAUUAUUCCUGAAACUUAAAAUUCAGAAUUGCACAAGUUUGCUCAGCAAACCAGUACGUCGCGAUGGAGCGGGAAACGCUUUGCAAGACACGCCGCAGGGGGAUGCCGAGCAGAAUAGCAGCAGCGAGGGGGGCAGGAUGCACGACUCCACCCUCGGGCAGGGGCCAAUAAGAGCGGGGACAAAUAGGAAGGACCACGACGGGGGUGACAGAAAGGACAUGCGUAAUAGCCAAAAAAAAAGAAACCCAUCAGGAGAUCACCUCGAGAGUCAACAGCCGAGCAACGACUCGUCCGGAAACCCAAAUGACAGUUCGCUCCAAAUCGUGGAUAACAGCUUGGAAAAUCCACACAGCAAUGAGGAGAGGGAAAAAAAUAAGAUAAUAAAUUUUUUCCAGAAAAAUUACUGGACGCUGAGAUAUUUCGAGGCAAACACGGAAGAGAAGCUGGAUGAGUUCUGCUCCCCUGAUUUUAGCCUACCUUUGGUAAUGAAGGAGACACCCAAGUUGAAGAAGAAGACCAUUGUCACCAACCAGAGCGAUAAGAGAGGGAAGAGCACUGGCGAUGGCGGAAGCGCAGACGGGCGAGAAGGGGCAGGCACGAGGGGGUACGACUCCGCAAGGGAGCAAGACCAAAAAGGGAGAUUCGUGAGAAAGCUACACUCCUUCUUCACCAGAAAAAAAGAAGUAGAUAAACUCAUCAAUGAGCUCUUUCUGAACAAUAAGGAAAACGUGUACAGCAAAAUUCUGAAAACCAAUUUGGCCAUAAUAAAAGAGCUAACUAACAUCCGCAUGGAUGUACUUUAUCCCAUUUUUAACGCCAGCCUGGUGUUCCUAUUUGACGACUUCUAUUUUUUCAUCAUACAUAAUAUAAAGUUAGUCAUUGAGGGAAAGGAAAAAAAGAUGUCAAAUCAUAAAAUUUUUAUGAAUAUGUCCUUCAUUUUGCUGCACACCUUCGCCAAGGAUGUGAAGGUGGAGAAGUACCUCGUCUCCAUAUUUUACAUUUUGAGAUUGUCACUGAAUAAUUUGAAGAAAAUUAAAAUAGUGGAUCAACAAAAAAUCCAAGGAAGUAACGCCAAUGAAGUAUAUAAUAAAAAUACGAAGAAAUUUGAAAACCAUAUAAAAUAUUAUAACCUUAUGAAGGAUAAGGAUGUCGCAAAGGCGAACACAUCAGGGGUGGAGGAACAAAAGGAGAACGCGGCGGAUUUGCAAUUGUCCGCUGAUGAAAGAGCCAAUGUCACCCUCCGCAAGAUUGAAGAACAGGUAAAAUUGUAUCAGAACAUUUUUUAUAUUUUUUUAAAAUUGGUUCAAAACAUUUUAAAGGAGAAUAACUUGUACUACAAUUUCAAAUUCAUCAUUUAUGAUAUUUUAUUUUGCGAGUUUUCCAACAAAGGAAUUAUCUUCUCGUGCAUGAAGUGCAUUCUGGACAGGGCAAAGCUGGCGGAGGUUUACGCCUAUAGCUUGGCGGUGCUCAGCCAGGGGCAGCUUCAAUUGGGGGACGUAGAUAACGCGGCGGAUAAUGCGGCGGAUAACGUGGCGGAUAAUGCGGCGGAUAAUGCGGCGGAUAAUGCGGCGGAUAACGUGGCGGACAACGUGACUGACAACAUGACUCACAACAUGACUGACAACGUAGCGAAUAACGCAACAGCUUGCCCAUACCGAAACCACAUGUCGCGCAUCCUGUCCAAGGGGAAAUCCUUCGAAGUGAACUUCUUCCAACCAAGCCGCGCCAGCAGCCGAAACGUGUCUUCGCUCUACAUCAAUGUGAUAAUAGUGUAUUUUAUCUUCACCCAGAAGAACAAGAACAACGAAAAGAGCAAAAUAUACGACAACUGCCUAAAAAUGAGUGUGAACGACUACUACAGCGUUGCCAACAAGCUACUGUGCCUUUUGUACUCGAAGGAGAUGCAAAAUGCUUACUACGAGAGGUACUUGAAAUAUAUGUGCCUAAAAAUUUUAAAAAAAAUUUAUUGCCUCUUCUCGAUAAGAGAGGCAGACAUGUACAUAACACACAUGAAACGGAACAGCACAGAGGAUACAAUUUUUGAAGAUAGAAAACUGAAAGAUGUUCACCGUUUUAAGGAGGAGCUAAUUGGUUUAUUUAAGUUUUUAUCAAAUUACGAAAUUCAGAAUUAUUUUGACAAAAAAAGUGGACAUAAAACAACCUCAGAGGAGUACAAAUUUUUCUUUUUAGAAAAUCUAAACUGUAACGAUCAUGUGUUCAAGAGUGAUAACCUGUGCUUCCUGAUCAGCAGCUUACUUUUUCUAUUCAAUCUCAGGUACGACAAUACAACUUUCUACAAAAUUGUGUAUAUCAUUUUAGUAGAAAAAAAUGACAACAGAAAUUAUAUUUUAAAAAAAGUGAUCUCAUCUGUGAAAAAAUUCAUCAAAAUGGCAGAUACAUACAAUUGUGUGCAUAGGGAAAAUAAAAAAAGGAAAAUAAGACUACCUCCUGAUAUAGCAAACCAUUCUAUCCUGUUGUAUACAGUCCGAACGAGCAUUAUUCUGCUUCUUCUAAUGGACAGUAACAGCAUUAACAAAUCCACACUUGUCCAAGAAAAUUAUAUUACCUACCGAAACUUUCGAAGUUACUAUAUAAAAAAAAAAAACAUUAAGAACUACUACACACAGUUAAACUUGUUGCUCUUUAGAAUUUUCUACAGUGAAAAAAUAUUACCAUACUUCUUCAAAAUAUUUUUCAGUACAUUAUAUGUUAUAUCUUUUAGAAAGACGAACCAAAAUAAUUUUUACUUUUUGGAGAGGAUAUUCAAUCUGAAGGAUGACACGGAAAUUAGUACAACGGGUGGCGCACCAAAAGAAGGACACCCCGCAGCUGUGGGGGAGAACCUGCUCAACGGAAGCGAGGAUAAAUCCGUGCAGCUGCUGGACGAGAGUAGCAUUCACCUAAGUGAAAAGUCGAAGGGGCUAUGCUCCAGCCAGACAAACGGAGAGAAUGAGAAAGCCGGAAAAAAAGACAAGGUCGGAAGAAAACACAUGAGAGGCGAAAAAAAUAGGGACAGCAGGAGAAAACCAUCGAAGCGCAGUGAAGGGGUGAAGAGAAAACACCUGAAGGAGGAGAAAAAUCCGGACAAAUUUUCCGAGAAACGUUCGGAUAAACGUUCCGAGGAAGGCUCGGGGGAAGACUCGGAGGAUGACCCACAAGGGAGAAGCACCACUUCCGAAGAAAUGAAUAAAAAUUACCGUGCAAUUUUGCGAAGCCGUAAUAGAAAAACGACCAUGGUGGGGUAUAAGAAAGACGAAAAAACAAACCUUGUGGAUAACAAGUCGGGUAAAAAGUACAUGAACAUUGAAGAAAGCUCCAGUAGCACUUCAACGUCCGACUCAGAGGUGUCGUUCAAAAUAAGAACAAGAAAGAAGAAUACUCGAAAAAGAUCCAACACGAAUAAUAGUGCUUCCAGUGGGAAAAGAAGGAAGGUCCCCUCCAACACCUCGGAAAAUGCAACAACUGAGAGGAAGAAACGGGCACAGAAAGGGACUUCCCCUCAGGAGAAGAUGGAAAAACAGUCAUUUAGCAAGCGGGAAGAGGUUAAAGCGGACAUGUUGAACGGGACAGCUACAGCUGCAUUGAACGUGGUAGGAGGACAUGGCGAAGGAGACACAGGCGGAACUCCAGGAGUGGGUGCACCAACGGGUGCUGCACCGGGGGGGGAAAGCGACUCCAUGGAAAACUUUCUAUUCAACGGAUUGCUGUCCUUAAAAAUUUUAAACCAUUUCAUAUUUAUCUGCAAAGGCUUCCAUGAAGACUUGGAGAUAAAAAUAUACAACGGUGUAAUAGCAUGUUUGAAGGAAAACGAAAACGACAAGGAAAAAUUGAAAAAUAUUUUAAGUCUUCAGUUCAGUGAAGACGAAAAAACCUCCACAAAGUAUAAGAAGAAAUUACAACUGCUCAGAAUUAUUCAAACGAAAAUUAUCUUUCUCAGUUAUAUAAAAGAUAAUUUGAAAAAGAGGAAAUCGCUCAUAUCACGAAUGAGUGAAUUAAACUUGAAUAUUUUUAAAAACAAACCCAUGUUUAACAUUGAGUUAGAUUUCGUCUGA